AUGGAGCCUCAGCGACAGGUUCAUAUGGUCGCCGAGCCCCUCGCCGAGCUCUCCCAUCAACAACGUUUCUUCAACUACUUCCAGCAUGAAAUAACCGCUCUCCAAGAUGAAAUGGACCGUCUUGCAGAAACUGCCCUCAUAGGCGGCGAACGCUCUGAUGCCAUGGACCAUUGUCUUGCUGGCAUCACGCGGCUAUCCGGUGAAGUCAAGGACGCUUCAGCAUACAUCCCGCCCUACGAUCAGAGAACAUACGGUGAGGCCAUCAAGGCCUUGCAAGAGAAGUUGGAAGAAACGCGCAGAUCCCACGCUCCUAAACCCAAGUUCUCCUUCAAAUCAAAAUCUCCCUCUGCUCUAUCCCUUAGCGAUGCGGCAGAGUUGGCAGCAGAGAAACGUCGAGCUGUCCCAGGUUAUCUGUCCCCUUCCCCCAAUGCCUCGUUUGCCAAUACCCCCAGCUACAUCAACACCCCUGCCAACGAGCGAGCACAAGGUGAACAGGAUUCAAUCUCGGAGGAAAAAGAGGAACCUAGAAAAGAAGUCAAAUCGACCGCAACGGCCAACACAGAAAUGAAAUCACAACCACCGCCCGCGGACCCUCUCCAAGACACCGACCGCCCAUCCUUAUGCACAACAGCAACCUCGACCUCCAUCUCAAAUCAAUCCAACACACACAUCAUCCUGCCUUCUUCAGCACCAAACACGCGAACACCUUGCUCACUCUCAAGGCUCAGUGGGUGUGUCGUCGAUUUAUCCGUACCCACGACCGCUACAGCACCCUUUGCGAGUAUAACCAUCACUUCUGUUUCCUCCUCCCUUGUACUCUGUGGUUCAGUCUCCGGUCCUGCGCACAUCACAGGCGUCAAUAGCAGCGUACUUGUGAUCAAAUGCCGCCAAUUUCGUAUGCACGAGUGUCAGAACGUUGAUGUCUAUUUGCACUGUACAAGCCGACCGAUCAUCGAGGAUUGCAAGGGGAUAAGGUUCGCUGUAUUGCCUAAGUUCCACAGUGACCUUAUUUCCUCCUCGCAAGAAGAUCCCUCUGCUGUGCCCAACCAAUGGAACCAGAUUGACGACUUCAAGUGGCUCUCCCCCGACAAACCCAGUCCGAAUUGGUCUCUGUUACCAGCCGAGGACCAUGUACCGGACGAGACGUGGCGAGAGAUCGUCCCGGGCGGACCUGGUUGGAGUGUGGGCGAUAUCUUGAAGGCCGUGGGCGUGAGCAACACUUCCGCCAGCGGUGUAGCUGGCGUCAGUUAA